AUCCACCUGCUAAGUGAGCUAGCAAAACUGUACAAAAUUCCAAGGACUUUGCAAUAUCGGUACCCCGUUUUGACCAUAAUGCCUAAACCUUCCAGAACAGGAUAUUAUCACCCUUCUGCAACCACUUUAACCUACGUAAACACGAGUCAAAAAUAUAAUAGAAUAGGAGAAGAAAACUCAGAAGUAGAGAAAAAAAAGAGCAUUCAACAACAGAGAGAAUAAUGAGGCCAUCCAUGCUCAGAUCCAUCCACUCAACCGUGUCCCGCAGCCGAUCUCACCUAGCCCGUCGUGGCUAUGCCACCAAACCGGUCCCAGAAUGCAAGGUGGCCAUUCUCGACGCUGCCAGCAGUAUCGGCCAGCCCCUCUCUCUUCUGAUGAAGCUCAACCCCCUCGUUUCAACCCUAUCUGUUUACGAUAUCGCUGGAACCCCCGGUGUUGCCGCCGAUGUUAACCACAUCAACUCCAGAUCUGAGGUUGCUGGGUACGCAGGUGAGGAAGAGCUUGGUAAAGCUUUUGAGGGUGCUAAUGUUGUUAUUAUUCCUACUAGUGUGCCAAGAAAUCCUGGAAUGACUCGUGAUGAUCUUUUCAACAUUAAUGUCAGCAUUGUCAAGUCACUUGCCACUGCUAUUGCUAAGUAUUUCCCCCAUGCCCUUAUUAACAUGUUAAGCAACCUUGUGAACUCCAUAGUUGCCAUUGCUGCACUGGUUUUCAAGAAGGCAGGAACAUAUGAUGAAAAGAGAUUGUUUGGGGUUACAACCCUUGAUGUGGUUAGGGCCAAAAAUUUCUAUCCUGGGAAAGCUAAAGUUCUAGUUGCUGAUGUGAAUGUCCCUGUCAUAGGAGGCCUUUAUGGGGGUCUGGGCUGGAUUUCCCUGCGAGUAGCCGGCAAAGCGUCAGGUUUUGUUACUGGAAACUAAGGAUUAUAUUUAUGA